UACAAUAGUAUUGUGUUUUAUUUUAUGGUAAAAAUAACUAGUUAUUGUACUAAGCAAGUGCUUAAUUUGUUUUGCAGAUAAUGUACUGUCCGUUUUGUUCAAAUGAGCUUCAGCACCUUGCUGUGUAUUGUGGCUUCUGCGGUACUAAAGUUGAGUUUUUAAAGAGUCUUCAAUGUCAAGAUGCGGAAGCUCCAGAAGAACUGAUAUUCAAGUAUUUUGCAGAGGGCCAUAGCUAUAAAGUAAUCAUGGACUUACUUGCUACUAAGCACAACAUUUCUUUGAGUCUCCGCACUUUAAAAAGGAAAUUAAAAAAUGCAGGCCUCUCAAAAAGGAGAAACUACACCCCAGUAGCCACCAUACGGGCAGCUAUUGCUGAGGAACUGAAGGGAUCAGGUCAGCUCUUAGGUUACCGCUCAAUGUGUCAGACUCUGAGACAAAAAUAUUCAUUUGUAGUUAGAAGAGAUGAUGUGAUGCACCUAUUGAGAGAACUUGAUCCACCUGCUGUACACAAUCGCACCAUGCGCAGAUUUACACGAAGAACAUACCACUCCAUGGGACCCAAUGAAGUCUGGCAUAUUGAUGGGUAUGAUAAAUUAAAACCAUUUGGAUUAGCUAUAAGUGGCUGUAUUGAUGGUUUUUCUAGGAAAAUUAUGUGGCUUAAAUGUGGGAAGUCCAACAGUGAUCCUAGUGUAAUAGCGCUCAAUUACAUGGAAUGUGUUGCCCAACAUGGACUAGUUCCUAAACGCCUUCGAACAGACUGUGGCACAGAAAAUGGGCUAAUGGCAGCACUUCAUUGCACUUUAAGAUCAGAGCAUACAGAUGAAUUUGCAGGCGCCACAAGCCACAUGUAUGGGGCUUCAACAUCAAACCAACGCAUAGAAAGCUGGUGGUCCAACUUUCGGAAACAGAGGGGCCAGUUUUGGAUGAAUUUGUUUAGUGACAUGAGGGAGAGACAUCUCUUUAAUGGCAGCCCUGAACACAAAAGUUUGCUGCGAUACUGCUUCUUGGAUGUUGUGAGAAAAGAUUUAGAUGAAUACAAGACAUUGUGGAACUGUCACACUAUUCGUCCUGUUCGCCAGUCCCAAUGCCCAAGUGGCAGACCUGAGGCUAUGUACAAUGUACCUCACAGAUUUAAUGGAGAGAACUGUGGAUUGACUGUAUCUGCUCAAACCCUGAGCCAGCUUUACGACUUAAUACCAGCACCACUAACCCUAGGCACAGAUGAAGGAAAUGCCAACUUUCACAUUCUCCAGAGGCAAGGUGGUUUGUGAACUCCUCUACGGUGGGAAUCUGCUGUAGAGAACUACAUCACCUUGAAGAACAUGGCUCAUCUUUAGUACAUAAUUUCUGCAUGGCUGAGGGUCCAUCCCAGAAGGAGGCAUGCGUGGUAGGCCUGUGGCAAACAUGAAGAUCUCUUCCAAGGUUAUGGCACUCUCAU